AUGCUGUCACGGGGUUCAUAUGGAGAAAGCUCACCGUCCUCCAAUGAAACUAGCCAGGUAGGGGCAAUUCCCAGUACCGGGUUCGGCAUUGGACGUGGAAAAUCUGGCGAUGAAACUUGCACCGAAGAAGGUUUUGAGAUGUCUGUACCGUCAGUACAUGAUAUACGGACAUGCGUUGCUACGCAGGACAGGACUAUCGAAGCAUUAUGGCUUCCGCACACAUUUUCCCUCUCUGACGACCAUCCAAGGAGAGCACGGCGAGGUUUUCUCACUGAAAAAGACAUGGUUUUCCUCACGUGCUGUCGCCAAUAUCCGAAGGCUAUUCUCUGGUCGCUUCUCCUAUUUCUCACAGUUGUUAUGGAAGGAUAUGAUAAGUCACUUAUUACAGGAUUUUUUGCUUUCCCAGCGUUUCAGCGAAAAUAUGGAGAGCACACCUCAGCUUCAGGGACAUCACUUAGGGAUACGGGGUAUGAGAUACCACUAAAGUGGCAAAUAGCACUGCAAAAUGCGGCAGUGGUAUGCGAGAUUGUCGGACUUUUUGCCCACGGGUACAUUACAUACAUUAUCGGAUACCGAAAAGUCAUGAUGGGAAGCCUUCUGUGGCUAUGUAUAUCUGUUUUCCCAGCUGUUUUUGCAGACAGCACAACUACCUUGCUAGUCUCGCAAGCUCUAUCAGGUAUGACACACCGUCGCCCCUGUUACCCGUUAAGUCCCUGCCAAUACAACUUGGUGAGUUUGCUUUGCUACCAGCACAGUCUUAACACAGAGUCACAAAUAGGAGUACCAUGGGGUGUCAUUCAAACAUUAGCAGCUACUUAUGCGGCCGAAGUCGUGCCAUCAGGUUUGCGGCCCUACGUUCUGAGUAAUAUCAAUAUGUGUUGGGUUGCUGGACAGCUUCUGGGAACUGGCAUCCUCCGUGCUUUGGUACAUAACACGUCAGAAUGGUCCUAUCGCCUCCCGUUUGCCUUGCAAUGGGCAUGGGCGGUUCCCCUCCUAAUUGGCAUUUACUUCGCGCCGGAAAGUCCCUGUAAGGAACUCUUCACUGUCAUUCCGUCACUCACAGGGUGGUACAUUCGACAUGAAAGACCAGCGGAAGCCCGUCACGCGCUUCGCCGGCUAUGCAACCAAUCCGAUCUACAUAUCGACGACAGCGUAGCUCUAAUGGAACACAUAAAUGGUGUUGAAAAAAGGAUGAAUUACGGAGGCGCAACAUAUACAGAUUUGUUCAAAGGAGUCAACCGCCGUAGGACCGAAAUAUCUUGCAUGGUCUGGAUGUGUCAGGCGCUUGGAGCAAACGUGUUGACUGGCUACGCUGCAUACUUUUUUGAACAGGCUGGGUUGGAUGCUUCGAACGCUUUUAAUCUCUCCACAGGAAUGUAUGCUAUGGCCUUCGUUGCCGGUAUGGUCUCAUGGGCUCUUCUGUUCAAGGUUGGUCGCCGGACACUGUACAUGUUUGGAAUAGCCUCUGCAUUGUUGUUGCUUGCCAGUGGCGGCAUCGUGUCAGCAGUGAGUCCUAGGACUGUUGGUGAGGAAUGGGCUUUGGGUGCCUUGAUCAUCCUCGCAACCUUUACCUAUGACCUUACCAUUGGACCAGUCUGUUACGUCGUCGUAGCCGAGCUUCCUUCUACUCGCCUUCGGGUCAAGACAGUUGCCUUGGCUAGGAUAUCGUACAACAUUAUUUCGAUUAUCAAUAAUGCCCUCGUACCCAAAUUGCUCAAUCCGACGGCUUUGGACCUUGAGGGCAAGGUGUGCUUCGUGUACGCCGGCACGUCCCUGUUUUGUUUACUGUGGUGUUAUUUUCGACUUCCAGAGACCAAGGGACUGUCAUACCUGGAAUUGGAUAUCCUGUUUGAAAAGAAAGCACCUGCGGUCAAGUUUGGGCAGGUUCAGAACAGGCUAGCGCAAUCAGCCUACAUGACGGCAUCCAACGCGGAGCGGCUCACGGAUUCAUGGCAUGGAUGGUUAGCCUACUCUUGA